AGAGACACAGAGUUUGAAGGUCCAGGCAGGUUUCAACUUGCAGUGUUUCAGUCGUGAACUACGGUUUAUUUACAAACAAAAAAGUUACUUGGCAAAUCGCAACACAUUAUGCACAGAUGUGGUUGUUCCAGGAUGUGGCUAGAGUCGUUUUAACAAAACAAUUCGACAGCUGAUGAUGGUUCACAUUGUAGGCCUAGGUAGGCCUAAUAUGUCGACGAUGGUCAAUUUAUUGAGGAUAGUCAUCUGGUUGUUGCAGACUUUGGGGGUCACAAAAUCAGGAACACACUCUGUAUGGAUGAUGGCAACUUACAUAAAGGGCGAGACCCCCUUCCCAGAAUUCUCCGUAUAUCUCACACUCGACGAUGUUGUAAUUCUCCACUUCGACUCAGAAGAGGCUGAAAUAUCGCACAUAGACACCCAUGAGGGCUCAGGCACAAAGUUCAAUGCUGAAGAACUCAGUUAUUUCAGAACAUAUGUAAAUGGAAGUCUGAAAAACAGUGCAUCUUAUUUGAAGAACCACUUCAACGACAGUAAAGUAAAACCCAGAAUCAGACUCCUUCAGAAGACACUAGGCUCUGAGGGGAUUAGAGUGACCUGCCUGGCCACUGGCUUCUACCCCCGUCACAUCAACCUGACCCUGCUCAGAGACGGCCAGCCUGUGCCUGACCACCAGAUCACUGGGGGGGAGCUGCUACCUAAUGGAGAUGAGACGUACCAGAUGAGGAAGAGCCUGGAGGUCAGCACAGAGGAGCUACAGCAGCAUCACUAUAAGUGUACAGCUCAACACCUCAGCCUGGACAACAAACUGGACAUUGAUUUAGAAAGUGAGCGGAACUCAGUAGCAACCCCCAUAGUGUCUGCUACAGUGGUGACUGUGUUUGUCUGCCUGGUUGGAGCAUGUGGAGCCUAUAUGUAGGGGGAAGCACAUAGGGAUUGGUGUUCAGAGGAUGUCUUGUUCUGCAGGACAGCGGCCCUGGGCAGCUGCACAGCUCAACACCUCAGCCUGGACAACAAACUGGAUAUUAUUCUUUUCUGCAUUUCUUUUCAAUUCUGGAAGUGACUUUCAGUAACGCUCCUGUUUCACUGUAGUGCCGCCUUGCAUGUUCCAUCCUGCAUGUUGUGUUUUUUACAGAGUGUGAGCGGGACUCAGUAACAACUGCUACAGUGGUGCUGCCACAGUGGUGACUGUGUUUGUCUGUAUGGUUAGAGCCUAUGGAGUCUAUAUGUAGGAGGUAAAACAUGUUUAAUGUCGCUGGAAGUGAGUAGAUACAAUAAUAACGAAGGUCAAGUGGUUGGUAGGUGACAAUUUUUGUGUUGGUUUCACAAAGUCUUGCCAGCAAUCUAUCUUAUUGUUUACCUUUUGAUAUUUGAGAAAAGGAAAUAAAGAAGAAAGAUGUAGGGAUGCACCGAUACCAAUACUGGUAUCGGUAUCGGCACCCGAUACUGCUCAUUGUACUCGUACUCGUCAAGCACUUGCCGAUACCAGGAACGAUACUGCUAUUACACAAAACAAUGCAAAAUCUUGAAAAAACUUUCAAAAACCUGAAAGCAGCAUGGAAAAAAGUGCCGCCUCAUACAUUUACUAACAUGUAAAUCUACAUUUAAAUGGACAAUAAAAAUAUCACAGGUGGAAAAAAACAAGGUCAUGCAUUUAUUGUCAUUGUAUUUUGAUGGUAAAAGGUAUCGGUAUCGGUACUCGAUAUCGGCAAGUACACACAUUAAUGUACUUGUACUUGUAUCGGUUUUCAAAAAAGUGGUAUCGGUGCAUCCCUAGAAAGAUGGGAUUGCCUUGCUGUGUUCAGUACCACACUGCUACUGCCCUCUUGUGACUGAAAUGUAUCACUGCAGGCCAGGGAUCCCGGUCUUCUGUCCAGAGUAACUACACAACUACACAAACUUUGUGUUUUCUGCACGUACCUCAUGGAACAACUUACAAAAGGACUUGAAGUUAACAAAUCUAAUUCCAUUGAGCGAUUUUUAUUCCAAGAUGCGAUCACUUGACACUGAUUCACUUGUCUGUAACUGUUUUAAUUGAUUUGUUAUUGUGUCAUUUGAUUUGUUAUUUUAAUGCAACUGGAAUUCUAAGUAACUUGUGCCGCCACUUGGCCAGGACACCCUUGUAAAAGAGAUUUUUAAUCUCAACGGGUUUAUUUUCCUGGUUAAAUAAAGGUUAAAUAAAAUAAAAAUGAAUAAAUAAACAGCUGCUUCAACAAGACUCAGAGAGACCCAAACCUCAACUCCAUGACCUCAAGCAUAACACCAAUUUACUUGUACCAAGCACUUUAUUAUUUUGAUCUAUGUAAAUGUAAUACUUUGUGGUUUUAGUAAAUACAGAAACUAGAGUAAAUAGAGCAAAAUAGAGCAAAUAAGAUGCAGGUGCAGUCCUGAGUCAAUAUUUGUUAGCUGUUUAUUUUGUAAUGCUUGUUUUAUGCUACAUUAUGCAAAAGAAAACUUUCUAUGUAUUUUAAUGUUUCGUUUCAUUGUAUUUCCUUGUAUUAAGGAUCUAAGUGGAUCUAAAAUAUUGCAGAUGUAACGGAGGCUAACCAGCAGAGUUGGCGUGGAACAUUGGUAAAAACCUCCCUCCGAUAGCCUCAUACAGUCUCGUGCCGUUGGGCCGAGAGACUAGUCUCUUGGCCCAGCGGUAUCGUAGGCUUCUGUGUCUCCCAUUGCCGGACUAUUGUAGUCUUAAGAGGUCGUACGUUCGAUCCCCGAGGGGGGUUAACAGGUGCAAGAUGACCUCCGUCACACAGAUGCUUCUUCCAGACCUAAUGGGUUAAGUAGGCUUAAGUUGUUACAAUUAAAAACAUAUCUGACUUUCUUGUCAUCUGAUCUGUUUCUUAAUGCCUUAGGUCAGGUUUUGUACUUCUGUUGAAUUUGCAAAGACAUUCAAGUUAUGAGAUAGG